CCUUGAUCCGAGAGGGAAGGGAGCGAAGAGCUCGCUCGCAGGGGCUAUGUACCAGAGCCUGGCCAUGGCCGCCAACCACGGACCCCCGCCCGGGGCCUACGAGGCGGGCGGUCCCGGCGCCUUCAUGCAUGGCGCGGGCGCUGCGUCCUCGCCAGUCUACGUGCCCACGCCGCGGGUGCCCUCCUCGGUGCUGGGCCUGUCCUACCUCCAGGGCGGAGGCGGGGGUGCUGCGUCCGGUGCUGGCUCGGGGGGCAGCUCCGGGGCGGCCCCGUCGGGUGCGGGGCCCGGGACCCAGCAGGGCAGCCCAGGCUGGAGCCAGGCAGGCGCCGAGGGAGCCGCCUACACCCCACCGCCGGUGUCGCCGCGCUUCUCCUUCCCGGGGACCACCGGGUCCCUGGCGGCCGCCGCUGCCGCCGCCGCCGCCCGGGAAGCCGCGGCCUACAGCAGUGGCAGCGGGGCGGGGAGCGCGGGCCUGGCGGGCCGCGAGCAGUACGGGCGCGCGGGCUUCGCGGGCUCCUACUCCAGCCCCUACCCAGCCUACAUGGCCGACGUGGGCGCAUCCUGGGCCGCGGCUGCAGCCGCCUCCGCCGGCCCCUUCGACAGCCCGGUCCUGCACAGCCUGCCUGGCCGGGCCAACCCCGCCCGACACCCCAAUCUCG